AUGACUGUAUAUACAAUUCAGGUUAUUGGAACGUUCCUGGUUGUGCUUUUACGAGUGUUGAGAGGACUAUGUAAGCUAUUGUUAUGGGAUGAAGAGGAUUAUGAAGAAGAAGCGGAGGAGCUGAGAUUGGGGAGACAACGAAAGAUAUUGGAGAAAGAGGAAUUCAAGCGGUUACGUCGCGCGGAGCGUGCGAAAAAACGCGCCGAAAUCGCUGCGCGACAGGUAACGCAGCUACUGGCUAACGGUGCACCACGAAACGCUGCAAAAUGCAUGCCCACUUCGGACAUCAGCGAAUCACUGAACUCCGAAUGCGACGCAGAUGAGCAGCGAGUUUCUCCGGUGACUGCUGCUGGGCCAACAAUCAUUGCGGAAACGCUAAAUAACGGCCAUGUGGCUGUCACCAACAUCGACACGGACGCGACGUCUUCAUCAACGCUUCGACAUCGUUUCCAUCACGACAGUGGGGAUAGCAGUCACUCACACGAAGAAGCAAUGGUGUAA